UAUACACCUACUCAUCCAUAUUCUAUAUUCUCAAACAAUCCUCCUAUCUUCCAUUAAUUUCUUCUCAGUUCUCAUGGCUAUGCAAUCACCUUCCUCUUCCUCUUCAAUCUCAUAUGGAUUUGCCUACCAGGUCUUCCUCAACUUCAGAGGCGGUGACACUCGUGAGGGUUUUAUUGGCCAUCUCUACAAGGCUCUUACUGACAAGGGAAUCCACACCUUCAUUGAUGAUCGUGAACUUCAAAGAGGGGAUGAAAUCAAACCAUCACUCGACAAUGCCAUUGAAGAGUCUAGGAUUUUUAUUCCUGUGUUUUCUAUCAACUAUGCCUCUUCUUCAUUUUGUUUGGACGAACUUGUCCACAUCAUUCACUGCUACAAGAAAAAGGGUCGUCUCAUUUUGCCCGUCUUCUAUGGCGUGGAUCCUACUCACAUACGACAUCAAAGUGGGAGUUAUGGUGAACAUCUCACUAAGCACGAAGAGAGUUUCCAAAAUAGCAAGAAAAACAUGGAGCGGUUGCAUCAAUGGAAGUUGGCUCUGACCCAAGCUUCUAACUUGUCUGGCUACCAUUCUAGUCGUGGAUAUGAAUACAAGUUUAUUGGAGAGAUAGUCAAAUACAUCUCCAACAAGAUCAGUCGUGAGCCCUUACAUGUUGCCAAUUACCCUGUUGGAUUAUGGUCUCAAGUACAACAAGUGAAAUUGCUUCUUGAUAAUGGAUCUGAUGAUGGGGUCCAUAUGGUUGGAAUUUAUGGGAUUGGAGGCUUGGGUAAAUCAACCCUUGCAAGAGCAAUCUAUAAUUUUAUUGCUGAUCAAUUUGAAGGAUUAUGUUUUCUUCAUGAUGUGAGAGAAAAUUCAGCUAUAAGUAACUUGAAACAUCUCCAAGAGAAGCUCCUUUUAAAAACAACUGGAUUGGAAAUUAAGUUAGACCAUGUUAGUGAGGGCAUUCCAAUCAUUAAGGAAAGGCUAUGUAGAAAGAAGAUUCUUUUGAUUCUCGAUGAUGUUAACGAUAUAAAACAAUUGCAUGCUUUGGCUGGAGGACUUGAUUGGUUCGGCUAUGGAAGCAGAGUCGUCGUUACCACUCGAGACAAGCAAUUACUAACCUGUCAUGGGAUAGAAAGUACGCAUGAAGUAGAAGGGUUGUAUGGGACCGAAGCUCUUGAAUUGUUGAGUUGGAUGGCUUUUAAAAAUGAUCCAGUUCCAUCAAUUUACAAUGAGAUUUUAAUUCGUGCAGUUGCUUAUGCUUCUGGCCUUCCGUUAGUUUUAGAAAUUGUGGGUUCUAACUUGUUUGGAAAGAGCAUAGAAGAAUGGAAGGGUACAUUAGAUGGGUAUGAUAAGAUUCCCAAUAAAGAGAUCCAAAAGAUACUUAAAGUGAGCUAUGAUGGUUUGGAAGAAGAGGAGCAGAGUGUCUUUUUAGACAUUGCUUGUUGCUUCAAAGGAUAUGAAUGGGAAGAUGCCAAACAUAUACUUCAUUCUCAUUAUGGCCACUGCAUAACACAUCAUCUAGGAGUGUUGGCUGAAAAAUCUCUCAUAGACCAAUAUUAUAGUCAUGUGACAUUACAUGACAUGAUAGAGGACAUGGGUAAAGAAGUGGUCCGCCAAGAAUCACCUAAAGAGCCUGGAGAACGAAGUAGGUUAUGGUGUCAAGAUGAUAUAGUUCAUGUUUUAAAUAAAAACACUGGAACUAGUAAAGUUGAAAUGAUAUAUAUGAAUUUCCACUCGAUGGAACCUGUAAUAGACCAGAAAGGAAAGGCCUUCAAGAAGAUGACAAAUCUCAAAACACUUGUCAUUGAAAAUGGGCAUUUUUCUAAAGGUCUGAAGUACCUUCGAAGCAGUUUGAAAGUAUUGAAAUGGAAAGGAUUUACUUCGGAGUCAUUAUCAUCUUGUUUUUCGAACAAGGCAAGUGAAAUGAUUUCAUUUUCUAUUUGUAUAUAUUUAGAAACUCACAAUGAUUUUGUUUACGUCAACAAAAAAAAUCACUAUGAGAGUAUAGUCUUUGAUUUUUAGUUUAUUUAUUGUUUCUCCUUGUGUGUAUGCAGAAGUUCCAGGAUAUGAAUGUCUUGAUAUUAGACCAUUGUGAAUAUUUAACCCAUAUAUCUGAUGUCUCAGGACUUCCUAAUUUAAAAAAGCUCUCAUUUAAAGAUUGUAAGAAUUUAAUUACAAUUCACAAUUCAGUUGGGUACCUAAUUAAACUUGAAAUCUUAGAUGCAAUGGGUUGCAGAAAGCUAAAGAGUUUUCCACCCUUACAACUGCCCUCUCUUAAGGAAAUGGAACUCUCUGGGUGUUGGAGUCUCAAUAGCUUUCCAAAAUUAUUAUGCAAGAUGACAAAUAUAGAAAAUAUUUUGUUGUAUGAAACUUCCAUAAGAGAAUUGCCAUCUUCAUUUCAAAAUCUCAGUGGACUUUCUCGGUUAUCACUAGAGGGACGUGGAAUGCGGUUCCCAAAACAUAAUGGGAAAAUGUAUUCUAUAGUGUUUUCCAAUGUAAAAGCUCUUUCACUCGUAAAUAACAAUCUCUCAGAUGAAUGUCUCCCAAUACUUCUCAAGUGGUGUGUUAAUGUGAUAUAUCUAAACUUAAUGAAGAGCAAGUUCAAAACUCUUCCUGAGUGCCUUAGUGAAUGUCACCAUCUUGUUAAAAUUAACGUGAGUUACUGCAAGUAUCUUGAGGAAAUUAGAGGGAUUCCACCAAAUCUUAAAGAGCUUUUUGCGUAUGAAUGCAACUCAUUGAGUUCCUCAAGUAAAAGAAUGUUAUUGAGUCAGAAACUACAUGAAGCUCGAUGCACUUAUUUGUAUUUCCCAAACGGAACAGAGGGGAUACCAGAUUGGUUUGAGCACCAAAGCAAGGGAAACACAAUUUCUUUCUGGUUUCGUAAAAAGAUCCCUUCUGUUACUUUUAUUAUUAUUCUUCCGAAAGACAAUUGGGUUGACCCAAAAGUCUAUUUUUUUGUGAAUGGAUAUGAAAUUGAGAUAGGUUGUUACCCCGAAAUCUGUGGGCACUCGGGACAUACAUGUUUGUUUCAUAUGAAAUUGGAAGAACAUAAUGAAUUCUGUAGACAAUACGAGUAUAAUAUGGACAAAGGACUUUUGAAAAAUGAAUGGAUCCAUUUGGAAUUUAAGUUUAAGAUUAAAUGGGAUUUGAAUCUUAGUGCGGAUGAGAAGAAUAAAAUAUUAAGAAGUGCACAAAUGGGAAUCCACGAGUUAAUGGAGAAAAGCAACAGGGAGGAGGAUAAUGUUAUAUUCACCAAUCCUUAUAUUAGUAAAGACAAAAUCAAAUGAAUAUCUCAAUGCUUCAUUAUCAUUAUCAGAAAAGAAAAUGAAACGAAAGAAAUUUUCAAUCCUUAUAAAUCUUCAAAGAAAGACUUGGGCUAGAUUCAGAAAACAAAAGGAGCACCGGAGCUAGAUUCUCUCAAUUAAUCGCAGAGUUGUGUAUGCUUUGAAGAUUUGAGAUUAGGAUUGUUGAGGAAGCUAGCUAGUAGAAUGGAUGCAAUGGAAUUUUGUGGUUCAAUUGGAAUGUUUAUAUGUCAUCAUAUAAACAUAAACAUAUAUUAUAGAGCAUGCUGAAAACAUUCAUUACAAGAAUUUUUAAAACUUGUGACACUCAGGUUCCGAGGGUUAGUGCUGAACCCCUCACACUCAAAACUUAAGGCAGGUCUUGCGACAGUUAUUCGCAGCCCGGCUCCUUGGCUCUGUAAAUAUUGUCUUCGUUAUCGCCACCAUGUGAGCUAGUUUCUAGCAGCAUGUAAAAGAGAAGAAGAAUAGAAGAUGAAUGGAAGCAGCCUAUGAUGGAAGCAGUAUGUGAUCUAUUUUCACUCACCUGUAACAUUAAAAUUUUAAUAAAUCAUAUUCCAUGUCAUGCUGUCUUUUUAGUAA